AUUAUAAUUUAAAUGGUUAUCCAUGUGUGUCCAAAAAACUCAAGCCGGGUAAAUUAACGAAAGAUAGAGAAAAUGAGAAACCCAACUUGUUACUUUGUGAAGACUGCAAAAUAAAAUUUCUCGUAGACAAUUUAGUAUUUAUUCGGUUUUGUUCCCGUCAACAACUUGAAACAGUGCGCAGUGUUGUACAAAUAUUAUCAAUCAGAAACAUCUGUUAUCACAUCCGAAUGGUGUAAUUUGAAAAAAGGAAAACAAGAAAAACUAUUGAGAUUUUUAUGAAUUGUCAUAGUGAAUUGUCAUAGGUUAUUUCGGAUAACUGAGAAUUGUGUGAAGUGAAAGAACAUAAAAAGAAAUAAAUGGUUAAAUAUAUAAAAUAGGAAUUGAAUUGAGCUAAAUUAUAUUGAAAGAAAUAGAAAUCAAAGCAUAUCGCACUCUUUGAUGACCCAUCUUCCUCAGAAUUUCAUAAAAACAGUUAUACUAAACUUGUGCGGCAUACUCAAGUGUUAAUUAAGCUUACAGUACAAAACUGUACCAUAUUACACCUCUGUUCUAUUAAGAACAUUUUUGUGGAUUUUUAGCUAAUCACAGACAAAUAAAUAUAUAUUUCGUUCAACCCCUUUUGUCUUCAGCUUUCCUUCUCUUCUUCUUUACUUCUUUGUGACACUCUCAAAGCUCAAGGGUGAAAAUGCAAAACAAUUUUGUAUCAUAUUAUGACAAGUGAUUGACGACCCGAAAAAUUGAAAUGGAUGUAAUUGAGUCAAAAAUGAAAUCAUCAAAAUAAAUCUCGCAAUCAGUUAAAAUAACUAUGAGGUGACCCUAAAGGAAUAGCAAUCAAAUUCCUCCCUCUAAGGACAUCAAAUAGAGUAAAUCAACAGUAUCAUCACACGAAACGACCCAACAAUUCUUUUUUUCUCUUCCAUUGCAUUAUUUUUUCAUCUCCUCCUGCCAAAGUUCAUUUCAUAAGAAGGCGAAUCUUUCUUUUUCUCUCAUUCUACAUUUUAUUACAAACACUCUUACACACUCAAGAGACGUUUUCUUUUUAUCAUUUUGGGAAUUCUUCUCAUUUUCUUCUAUUGUUAAUUUAAUCUUGGACAUCAGUGAUAAAAACGACGGAAAGGAAAACGGAUAAGACAAGCAGAACGAAAAUAAAACAAAUUGAAUCAAAGAGAGAGGCAGCAGAAAAGCAUCCUAGACAACGACGACGACAGCGUUGACAUUAAAAGUUCCUUAAAUGUUUUUCUCGAAGGACGAUAAUAUUAAAUUAAUUAGCAACAAUCAUCAAUUAAAACACGCCAUGAGACUGCCGAGAAAUCGACGUACUGUGAUUGUUGGGGGGCUCUUCGCAUUUACACUUUUAAUAGUGCUUUUCAAGACCGACAAACUUCGACCCUCAUGUUCCUAUCGUGAUGGUGAUGAAAGCACAAUGGUACGGGAAGAAAAAUUCGUUCAAGACAAAGAUCAUAACAAUUACGUUUACCAUCGAAAUAUGCCUUUGGUGUUUAUUGGCGGUGUGCCACGAUCCGGUACAACAUUAAUGCGUGCCAUGCUUGACGCACAUCCUGAAGUACGUUGCGGACAAGAGACACGAGUCAUACCGAGAAUUCUUCAACUUCGUUCACAUUGGAUGAAGUCUGAGAAGGAGAGUAUGCGUCUUGAAGAAGCCGGCAUCCACAAAGAAGUGCUUAAUAGUGCCAUUGCACAAUUUUGCUUAGAAAUUAUUGCAAAACAUGGUGAUCCAGCCCCAAGAUUAUGUAAUAAAGAUCCACUUACUCUUAAAAUGGGAUCUUAUGUUAUUGAACUUUUUCCGAAUGCAAAAUUCCUUUUUAUGGUGCGCGAUGGACGUGCAACAGUUCAUUCAAUAAUCUCGAGAAAAGUCACAAUUACUGGCUUCGAUCUCACAAAUUACCGCCAAUGCAUGCAAAAGUGGAAUCAGGCUAUAACAACAAUGCACGAUCAGUGUCAGGAAAUAGGAAAAGAACGUUGUCUGAUGGUUCACUAUGAGCAGUUGGUGCUACAACCGAAGAAGUCAAUGGAAAAAAUUCUUGAAUUUCUUGACAUUCCUUGGAAUGAUUCAGUUCUUCACCACGAAGAUUUUAUCAAUAAAGAAAAUGGAGUAGCUUUAUCCAAAGUUGAACGAUCGUCAGAUCAAGUGAUAAAACCAGUGAAUUUAGAGGCACUUACAAAAUGGGCACGUCAAACCCUCUUCUUACUUACAAAGUGUUCACAUUUUAUAUCCGUCUUUCUUUUUUCUGUCACAGGCUACGAUCCUUAUGCAAAUCCACCCAACUAUGGAAAAGCCGAUGAAGUUGUAAAGGAGAAUACCAACAAGGUGAAAAAGAAUCAAGAGCUUUGGGAUCACAAAGUGAAACAACUACUGAAGCGUAAUGAGGAGGGCGACGAAAAUGAUGAUAAUCAAGAUGACAAUCCAAAUGACGGUGAACGAACGUGAUGAAGCAGAUGAGUAGACAUUAAAACAUCUUCACUUGUCUCCUUUUAUUGAACAGCAAGAGUGAUGAGUUCGAAAGCUAAAAUAAUUCCUUUCAUUUUCAUUUUCAACCUGAAUGAUGAUGAAAUUCGAAGAAGAAAAUGAAAUAAAAAAAGUCACAAUUCUCUUCUUCUUGUCUCCAUUCUUUAUUAAGGAAGAAAAAAUUUUCGUUAAUCCAAUUUUGUGCAAUGACUGAGUUAUAUUUUUUUUCUAUAAAAAUAGUCUUAAAAUGAAGCAAGAUAAUGAAGUAGAAUGAAAGUUAAAAGUUGCAGAACGUGUCGGAUUGAAUGGAUGAAAUUUAGCAAAACAUAUACGGCACUUAUCCAAACAUGUUAUUCUUUAUUUGUUUAAGUCUAAGUACAUAGUGUUUAGUUUUGAGAAGUCACGAUUCAGGAGACUUAAGUCAACAAAAAAAAAACAUAAAAACUUGAAAACUUUUUAUUUCCUUCUCAAGAGGGGAAGAUUGUUUACGAAACGGUUACUUCAACCUUAAAUGUUCUGCCUUCUUCACUGGCCAUUCCCAAAGGUGGACAAUAACUGACAAGUGCACUAAGUUGAAAUAAUUUUAAAUUCAUUUUACAAUAUAAAUAAUUCUUCUUCUGUCAGAGUUGAUAAGUAAAAAUUCUUCAGAGAAAAUAAAAAAAACCCAUAAUAAGUAAUGUAGACCACAUUUUACAGCACUGAAAAAAAAAAUUUCUCUGAAGAAUGCUGAUGAAAAACUGCGACCUUUUAUCAUUCUACUUUAUUACUUAUACCUGAGGGAAAAAGGGAAUUUUGUGUUCUCCUUUUGAGUUGAAGAUUCAAUUAGAUUUUCUCCACACCAUUUUCCUUAGUAUACUUUUUUCAUCAUAGCUUAUUUAUUUAAUAAUAAUUGAAGAAGUCAAUCUUAGUUAUAAAAUGAGAAUAAAGUUAUUAAAGUGCAAAAUGACAUAACUAAUUGAUGUUGAAUGUUUAAGUGGUGCGGAAUAAUUAAAAAAAUAAAAUUAAUUCUUAUAAGAAGUGAAAUGAAUGGAUUGUUUGAAAAUUAUGUCAAAAAAAGGAAAAAUCAUUUUUCAUGUUACAUCCUUGUUCAUUUUAUUCGCAAUUUUUCAGCAUAAAUUUGAUAAUAUAUUUAUAGAUGAUUUCAACCGUGACUUAACUUCCGUAAAACAUUUAA